AUCGGCCGGCUGAUUUUAAAGAGUUAUUUGUUUCAAGAAUAUUUUUCUUGCUUUAUCAUGGAAUCAAAUUCUUUCAAAACCUUUAUUCGAAUUAAACCUGUUGACGAAGCUGCUCGUCGGAAUGCUGUUAUUAAUGUUCAUGGUAACUGUAUUGUUUAUGAUGGAAAAGCUUACACGUUCAGUAAAAUUUUCACGAGUAAUGCAUCACAAGAAGAGAUUUUCAAGUACUCGUCUGAAAACUUUGCUAAUAACUUCCUGGAGGGAUACAAUUCGGCAAUAUUCGCCUACGGAAAAACUGGAAGUGGAAAAACCUUUACAAUGCUUGGCGAUGCCAACCAGACUUUCUAUCAAGAUUUUUCUCUGGCAGGAAUUAUUCCACGAACAGUGCGCUAUAUAUGCCGAAAUAUGCCAGCGAAUAGCGCCUCCAGAAAAGUUCAAUUAAGCAUCUCGUUUGUUGAAAUAUAUAAAGAAAAUAUUUAUGAUUUAUUGGUGGAUGCUAAGGUCUACAAUAAAAUUGAACUUAGACAGGAAAAAACUGGGGUUAAUAUUGUGGGAGCAAGAAAGAUUGAUAUAAGAUCCGAAGAGGAUGCUGAAAUGCCACUGCUUAUGGGUUUAUCCAAGAGAAAUAUGGGUGAAACAAAUAUGAAUGCGACGAGUUCGCGAUCUCACGCGAUAUUUACCAUGUAUCUUUCGAUUGAGGAAACUACAGAGAAGGGUAAUAAGAAAUCUUUAUCAAGAUUUCAUCUCGUCGAUUUAGCCGGAUCGGAGAGAAUAAGUCAAACCGGUGCAACUGGAACUAGAAUGAAAGAAGGUAUUGAUAUUAAUACAUCUCUCACCAUGCUCCAAGCAGCUAUAAACGAAAUCAACUUUGGUCGUAUACCUAGUUUUCGCUCUAAUAAAUUGACCUAUUUAUUAAAGGACGCCUUUGGAGGUAAUGCGAAAGCUGGAGUAAUCGCUUGUAUUCAUCAGGAUCAAAGACAUAACAGUGAUAAUAAGAAUACAUUGGAUUUUGCUGCAAAAUGUUCCACCAUUAAGAAUAGGGCCGAAAAAAAUGAAUCUGAAAGUUUGGACGCUGCUAAAUUGCAAUAUUUACUUUUGGAAUCAAAAGCCAAAAUCAAACAAUUGGAAGCUAAAUUAAAAAAUGCUAACAUAGAAGCUGCAGCUGAAGUGCAAGAUAAUAAGUAUAAUACGUCUUCAUUACACAAUGACGAUACAGAGAAAUUUCUUCGUGCCAUGAGGUUAUUGAAGCAAUCUCAUCAAUAUAUUCAGGUGUUAGAUGAACUAAAUCAAAUGCAUAAAUUGAAUAACGACGAUUUAAAAAAGUCGUUUGAUGAUUUACAAGAUCAAAUUGAAAAUAAGAAAAAUGAUUCAAACGAAAAACAUGAAAGUACAAGACUUCAAUUAAUGUUGAAAAUGCGAAAGAAUGACGAUGUUAUACGUAAAUUAAGAUUAAGAAUUGAAGAAGUGAACGCUGAAUUAAAUCGUUUCAAAGCCAUAGAUCCGUAUCGUGAGGCAAGAGAUGAAGCGGAUUUCCAAGAAUUGAAGAAAUACUAUGGAGAGUUUGAGUCUCUCGAUAUACCGCAAAGUAUACUAAAUGAUUACGAAGAGUUGAAGACGAACGCUGAAAACCUAUUAGCUCAAACCGUUGGAGAGUAUUCUGCAAAAAUUGAUGAAAAAAACAAAAUUAUUGAAAAGCUAACGCAGCAUCGUGAUAUGAUGUCGGGCAUAUUACGUAAAAGUACUGAUGUUCAUAGGAAAUAUGUACAUUCAUUCGGACCGAAUAGUCCAUAUCGUAUUACGAAAGUAAAUUUGGGCUCUAGCCCUUCGUGCUUUGACGAAGAAUUAGAAAUCGCCAACGAUUUAGUCACAUGGCAGAAAACUAUCGAUGAAUUACACGAACAACUACAACAGCUCAUGCUUAAAAACGUAGAACUUGAAGAUAAUCUUGAAGCCGAACGAAAGCUAUUCCAAACGGAUCGUUCUAAUUACGAAACUAAAAUCAAAAAAAUUGAAGAAGAAAAGUCUAGUUUAGAGAAUAUAGAAAAAGACUGUCGAAAAACUCUUACGGAACUUCAGAAUCAUUUCAAUUCUUUGGAACAAGAGAAGAAUUCUGUUAUCGAAAAGUUUACAAACAAAAAUAAUGAACUAUUAGGAGAAAUUAAUUCAUUAGACGAGAAAAUCGACAAUCAAAUGAUUGAAGUGAAAGAACUUAGAAAUAAUAUUAUAGAAGAGACUCGUUUAAAGGAAGAAGCAUUUGUUGAAUGCGAUAAACUUAAGCGAAAUCAUAUGGAGGUUGUUGGAAAAUUGGAUCAACAAAGAAAGGAUUACGAAAAUAUGAAAAAUAUGUAUAUGGGAAAUGGGGAUUUAUUGCAGGCGCAACUUACUGAUGUAAAGUCUCAGGUUACGAAUCUUGAGAAGGAGAGGGAACGCUUGUACGAAGAAUUGAAGAAAAAGGAGGAUUUAUGCUGGGAAUACGAGAAUAAAAUUUCCGAUUUGAAAUUAUCUCUGGAGGAAAUGCACAAUGACAUUGAAAUCACAAAGAAACAAUUGAGUGUUGCUGAUGAUGAGAAAUCUUGCUUAAUCGAUGAGAAUUCGCAUUUACAGGAGAAGUUGGAUAAUUUUGAAAAGGAAACUAAGACUUUUAAGGAAACCGUAGAGAGAUUGGUGAAUCAGCUGGAAGAUUCCAAGGCAGAUUCGAAGUUUCUAUUUGAGGAGAUGGCUAAUCGUGUCCAAAGAGAGGCGGCGAUUAUCGAAGAGAAAAAUCAAAAAAUCGACAGUCUGAAAUCAUCUAACGCAAUGCAAGAGCAAACGAUCGAAUUGAAAGAAGACCGUAUUCUGGAAUUGGAAGAGAUGUUAAGAAACAGCGAACGUCGCAAUAAACAACUACUCAGCGAUAGGGACGCACUCUCGGAGGCCAAUAGGACUACGUUGCACAACUUAUCCGAUAUAAGAGAAGAUAAUCGUAUUCGUGAGGUGAAGAAACGUCGUAGUGUAGAUUCAGUAGUACCUGUUGUUGGUUCUGCAGACUUCGCUUUAGCUGUAGACGAGUCGAGAGCUGGAAAGUUCAGACCAUAUAACCCAGAUAUAUUUCAAAGUAGACUCACUCUUAACCGUGUGCUUGGUAAAAAAUUGUUUGAUUCUGAUGAUGCGUAAAUUUAGAUUGAUCUCUUUGGGUCUGUCAUUCCUAAUUCUUGCUUUUAGUUAAUUGCCGCCUUUAUGCUAAUUAAUUCAUUUUCGGAAUAUAGAGCAGUUAAUUACUUUUCCAUUUUUUUUUUAUUAUUCUGCAAUCUCAUUGUUCCCGUAACAACGUUUUUACAGCUACUUGAGAUGCAAAGUCGAAGAAGAUAAGAGAAGUUUACCUCUCGUCACUAUGACCGAUGGAGUUGUAUAUUUGGCAGUUAAUAACAAAAAGACUCUCCCGAUUCCCUGCCCUAUCCACUCCAUCUUUUGUUUCUUCUUUUUAAACAAUUAAUUUAAAAUUUUCACUUAAGAAAAUGAUAAAAAAAUUGCUUUUCUUGCAAAAAUAAAACAAAAAGCAUAUAAAAUAAGAAACGAACCCCAAUAAUUGUAGACUCUGGAGGUGAUGGAAGGUUAAAGAUAAAUAUUAAUAAUAUGUUUAUGUUAUAACAGUGUGAUUACACUUUCCCCAAUGCGAUAUUUAAUCCUAUACCCGUUUUUCAAAUGAUGAGUAUUAUGUAUGCAAAUUCAUAAAACUUAUCCCCGACUUAUUCUAAUAAACACGCCUCCGCCAUCUGACGACCGCUAAAUCGCAUACGCUGAUGAGGCGUAGAAUUAUUGAAGUUAUGAUAAAGCUAUUUAUUUUGAUUGCCGUAUUUCUACCCUCCUUCGCUUUCGGUAGGUAAGUUUCUUUCAUCUUUCUCAUUUUUUACAAAUUUCAUUCUAAUUAAAGAAAUAUCUAAUUAAACCCGUCUCUUUCAUUAGUUAUCAGACAAUCCCUCGAUAAGAAUUCUCGUAUAAUUUAAUAUACCAAUUUUCUAAUUUAGUAGUUGAGAGCUUCUCUCUGUUUCUCCUCCUUACUAACCUUUCCGCCUUAAAUUAAAAACCAAUAGAUUCAAUUACGAAGUUUACA